AUGGUAGCAGACAACCCAGAAAAAGACGAUAUCCGUGACCUGAUCGCCCAGCAGCUUUCUCAAACAUCCUUUAAUUGCUCCUCCCUUGUUCGACUCUCCGGUGGUACCGCCAACUUUGUAUAUCGCGGGACUCCCUCCUCCUCGCCGGCCGAUUCGAUUAUUAUCAAGCACGGCGAGGACUAUCUAGCUUCGAAUCCUGCCUUCAAGCUGGACACGGAGCGAUGCGACUUUGAAGAAGCCAUCCUUCAAGCCUUGAAUGACUGCCCACCUUACUCCGGGAACAACAUCACCGUCAAAGCACCACGCCUCUUCUACUUCAAUCAGGAGAACAAAAUACAGGUUCUGGAGGAUCUGCCGAACUCAGUUGAUUUGAAAUCUUUCCUUCUUUCUGAGGUCUCUCAUGGCGUGUCUCAGAACUCAGCGCGGUCGCUCGGUCGCGCGCUGGGAUCUUGGCUGCGAUCGUUCCAUGUUUGGGGGGAGAAGCCGGCGCAAACAAAGCUCCGACAAAAGCUCGGCAAGCAUAACUACAUGAAGGGACUAAAGUACCACGUUAACUACGUGGGGCUGGUGGAAAGUAUUGACAGAUUUCCGGCUAUUCUACAAGGGAGUCGUGAUGUUUUUGAGAAAGUCCGCGAUUUUGCAGCAACGGAGCUGGAAGAGCGGGAAGUUAAUGAGGAAUAUAAUAUCGUUCAUGGGGAUCUUUGGACUGGAAAUGUUCUCAUUCCAAAUACUUCGCUGACUGAUGGGUCGCAAACCACGUUAUUGGUUGUUGACUGGGAAUGUGCACAAGUCGGAGUGCGAGCCUUAGAUCUGGCCCAGAUGAUAGCUGAACUCUACGAAACGAAGCUCUUCAGAGCCAAAGAUGCGGGAGUCUGGAUCAUUGAAGCGUUCUUGGAGGGAUACGGCCCCCUGAGCGACGAGAUGGCAUUUCGGACUGCGAUCCACGUCGGUGUACAUCUUAUUUCCUUCGGAAGCACCGUGCCUGGAUGGGGUAGCGAACAACAAGUGGAGGAGGUUGUGAAGGUGGGCAGAGACCUGAUUGUUCGAGGGUGGAAGAAAGACAAGGCGUGGUUCGAAGGGGAGACACUGGGUUGCUUAUUCAGAAAAUAA